UAUGUAUAUAUAAAAAUUAGCUCUUUAUUUUGUACCUAAAUUCUAUUUUCUGCUCAACGCAAAAGUUGAUUUUUUUUGGCCCGUGUGAGUGUGAACGCUCGUCAGUGUUCCGCACUCUGUAGCUCAGAAGAACCUGUUCCGUUUCCCCGUGCAUCCGACCAGGACGACCUGAGCACGAGAUCAUGGGGUAUGGGCGAUCAGACAGCUACCGCGUGGCAACCACGCAGGACAAAGAUGGCUCCCCGAAGAAGAAGGGCCAGAAGGACAUGGACGACCUCAAGAAGGAAGUCGCCCUGACGGAGCAUAAGAUGUCUGUAGAGGAAUGUUGCAGGAAGUUCAACACAGAUAUUGUGCAGGGUCUGACCAAUGCGAAGGCGGCCGAGUACCUGCUGCGCGACGGCCCCAACGCGCUGACCCCGCCCCCCACCACCCCGGAGUGGAUCAAGUUCUGCCGUCAGCUGUUCGGCGGCUUCUCCAUGCUGCUCUGGACCGGCGCCAUCCUCUGCUUCCUGGCCUACGCCAUCCAGGCCGCCACCGAGGACGACCCCGCCGGAGACAAUCUGUACCUGGGUAUCGUGCUCUCGGUGGUGGUCAUCAUUACCGGCUGCUUCUCCUACUUCCAGGAGGCCAAGAGCUCAAAGAUCAUGGAGUCCUUCAAGAACAUGGUGCCGCAGCAAGCUCUGGUGAUCCGCGAGGGUGAGAAGAUGCAGAUCGAUGCGGUGGAGGUGGUGGCCGGAGACCUGGUGGAGAUCAAGGGAGGAGACCGGAUCCCAGCUGACCUGCGAGUGGUGUCUGCACACGGCUGCAAGGUGGAUAACUCUUCCCUGACUGGCGAGUCGGAGCCUCAGACGCGUUCCCCCGACUGUACCCAUGACAACCCUCUGGAGACCAGGAACAUCGUCUUCUUCUCCACCAACUGUGUUGAAGGUACGGCGCGUGGCAUCGUGAUCUUCACUGGCGACCGCACGGUAAUGGGCCGUAUCGCUACCCUGGCAUCCGGUCUGGACACCGGCAAGACGCCCAUCGCACGCGAGAUUGAGCACUUCAUCCACAUCAUCACGGGCGUGGCGGUGUUCCUGGGCGUGUCCUUCUUCAUCCUGUCCAUCGCUCUGGGCUACAGCUGGCUGGAGGCCGUCAUCUUCCUCAUCGGCAUCAUUGUGGCCAACGUGCCCGAGGGGCUGCUGGCUACCGUCACGGUGUGUCUGACCCUGACUGCUAAGCGCAUGGCCAAGAAGAACUGCCUGGUGAAGAACUUGGAGGCCGUGGAGACUCUGGGCUCCACCUCCACCAUCUGCUCCGACAAGACGGGAACUCUGACCCAGAACAGGAUGACUGUGGCCCACAUGUGGUUCGACAACCAGAUCCACGAGGCCGACACCACUGAGGAUCAGUCUGGUGCGUCGUUUGACAAGACUUCCCAGACCUGGAUCGCGUUGGCGCGCGUGGCGGCGCUGUGCAACCGGGCCCAGUUCAAGGCGGGUCAGGACUCCUUCCCCAUCCUCAAGCGCGACGUGGCCGGCGACGCCUCCGAGUCCGCCCUGCUCAAGUGCAUCGAGCUCUCCUGCGGCUCAGUACGCGCCAUGAGGGACCGCAACAAGAAGGUGGCCGAGAUCCCAUUCAACUCCACCAACAAGUACCAGCUGUCUGUGCAUGAGACGGAGGACCCCAAUGACAACCGUUACCUGCUAGUGAUGAAGGGGGCGCCAGAGAGGAUCUUGGACCGCUGCUCCACUAUUCAACUGCAGGGUAAGGAACAGCCCAUGGACGAGGAGAUGAAGGAGGCGUUCCAGAACGCUUACAUGGAGCUCGGAGGCCUGGGAGAGCGAGUACUGGGUUUCUGCCACCUGCUCAUGCCCGAGGAUCAGUACCCGAAGGGAUUCGCCUUCGACACGGAAGACGUGAACUUCCAGACGGACAACUUGUGCUUCGUGGGCCUCAUGUCCAUGAUCGACCCGCCGCGUGCUGCCGUACCCGACGCCGUGGGCAAGUGCCGCUCCGCCGGCAUCAAGGUCAUCAUGGUGACAGGCGAUCAUCCAAUCACAGCCAAGGCUAUCGCUAAGGGCGUCGGCAUCAUCUCCGAGGGCAACGAGACAGUCGAGGACAUCGCAUCCCGCCUGAACAUUCCCGUCAGCCAGGUCAACCCCAGGGAUGCCAAGGCCUGUGUAAUCCACGGUACGGACCUUAAGGAAAUGCAGGGCGAGCAGAUCGAUGAGAUCCUGCGGAACCACACGGAGAUCGUCUUCGCCAGAACCUCGCCACAACAGAAACUCAUCAUCGUGGAGGGAUGCCAGCGCGCCGGUGCCAUCGUGGCCGUGACAGGUGAUGGUGUUAACGACUCUCCCGCCCUGAAGAAGGCUGAUAUCGGUGUUGCCAUGGGAAUCGCGGGUUCCGAUGUGUCAAAACAGGCAGCUGACAUGAUCCUAUUGGACGACAACUUCGCCUCCAUCGUCACUGGAGUUGAGGAAGGCCGUCUGAUCUUUGAUAACCUGAAGAAGUCUAUCGCCUACACCUUGACCAGUAACAUCCCGGAGAUCACGCCCUUCCUGCUCUUCAUCAUCAUCAGCAUCCCGCUGCCCCUCGGAACCAUCACCAUCCUCUGCAUCGACCUGGGAACCGACAUGGUGCCCGCCAUCUCCUUGGCCUACGAGACUGCUGAGAGUGACAUCAUGAAGCGCCAGCCCAGGAACCCACAGAGGGACAAGCUGGUCAACGAACGGUUAAUCAGCAUCGCCUAUGGACAGAUUGGUAUGAUCCAGGCCCUGGGCGGCUUCUUCGCCUACUUUGUGAUCCUGGCGGAGAACGGCUUCCUGCCCUCCAUGCUGGUCGGCAUACGGCUCAACUGGGACGACCGCACCGUCAACGACCUUGAGGACAGCUAUGGACAGCAGUGGACCUAUGAGCAGCGUAAGAUCGUGGAGUUCACGUGCCACACUGCGUUCUUCGUGAGCAUCGUGGUCGUCCAGUGGGCCGAUCUGAUCGUAUGCAAGACCAGGAGGAACUCAGUCUUCCAGCAGGGCAUGAGGAAUAAGAUCUUGAUCUUCGGCCUGUUUGAGGAGACGGCCCUCGCAGCCUUCCUGUCCUACACACCCGGCAUGGACGUCGCCCUCAGGAUGUUCCCACUCAAGCCCAGUUGGUGGUUCUGUGCGUUCCCCUACAGCUUCCUCAUCUUCGUCUAUGAUGAAGUCCGGAAACUCAUCCUGCGCAGAAACCCAGGAGGCUGGGUGGAGAGGGAGACGUACUAUUGAUCUCACACACCAACACACACACACACACACACACCAAACCCCAACAACCCUCACCUGUCCAAAAACACACACACUUCACCCCCCCAAGAAGC